AUGUGGCCUCUAAUAUUAUUCUGCAUCUUCUUCAAUCCGACCAAUUCUCAGUUCGCUGAGAUCGCCUCACUGGCCACAUCCUUACUCGGAUCUGGCCUCGGUCCAGCGCUCGGAGGUGCCGCCGCUGCCGGAUCAGCUGCUGCUCCAGGACUUGGCGCAUUAUCACAGAUUGGACAACUGUAUCAACUCGCUCAAGGAGCUCUACAGUUGACCGGCACUGGAGUUGGCGUCCUGAAUCAAGCAUCAGAGGGCAACUGGUUUCCAGCUGUACUCGAACAGGCCUCGAAGAACACAAGAAACCUCAUGGGUGGAAAUCACUUUGGUGGUCCACCAAAUCUCGGACCAUUAGGUCCAUCACCUGCAGGAAACACAGGAAAUAGUGGAUCACAAAUUGGUCCAGAGUUUGGAACAGGAUUUCCCGCACCGAAUGUCGAGGAUUAUACGGAUAAUAAUGAAGAAACUGGAGGAAAAACAACAACAAAAGGACCGGAUAGCUUGGUAAAUAUCGAUGAUAAGGAUUCGAUCGAUGAACUUAAUCCAACCCCAGCACCGACUGCAGCUCCUACUCCUACCGUACCUGUAACUUUAUUUCCAGAUGAGUCCGAGUCAAACUCUGUUACGGAACCGACCACGUCCGCUCCAUUAAAGGAAAUACGAAUUGAAUUGCCAAAAAAUACUGCUGCAAGUACUGAUAGUGACUAUAUCGAUCAGGUCACAACAGAUGGAGAUUCUCGAGUUCAGGUCACGAAUAAAGCAAAAAACGAUGGAGACGAAAACUUACUAAUGCCUGAUCGAGCGUCUGCAGCAAAAACAUUGAACGCAAAAAUUCGUACCGGUGUCCCAGACCUAACAAAACUUAUCGAUGUUCUACGUAAAAGUAACCUAAAGGAAAGUGAAAUUAUGGAAAUCGUUUCACAGGUCGAAGGUAACGACAAUAUUGCUCCACCACCAAAAAUUGACUUCACAUCUGUUGUCCAGAAUAUUCCAUUGAAAAAACACCAGAAUCGAGAACGAAUAAUAAAAGCGUCGAGAGAACUCCAAAAAACAAUUGAGCCUCAGGAAAAGGCGAUUGAAGCUCACUUCAACAAUCUUCGCCAAAUUCCAGAUUUAGCGGCUACUGCUACACCAUCCAGUCAAGUUCCGACGACCAUUACAUCGCAUCCUACGUUGAUUCCUAAUCCACAACCACAACCAGAAUUUAUUUCUACAAAUCGUCUUCAACGUGAAAUCGCUUCAGUACCGGUAGAGAAAGCACCAUAUCCACAACCGAUUACACCUCCAAAUCCACCUCUAUUAGUACCACAGCAACAGUACACAACACCACCGAACUAUUAUCUUCACAAUCAAUGGCAGCAUCCACAAUUCCCACAACAACAUCUUCCUACGCAACAACAACAACAACUUCCGCAUAUCUAUCAACCACAGCCGGUUCUUCAACCUCAAGUACACCCUCUUCUGCAACCGAAUCCUUAUGGACACGUUCAACAUCAGCAGCUUUAUCAGCAACAGCAACAGCAGCAACAACAACAACAACAACAGCAUUAUACGCAACAUGUGCAACAUCCGUUGCAACAUGCUCAACCACCACAGCAGCCUUAUCAAGCACAACCGAAUAUUCUACAGCAACAUGUUCCACAACUACAGUUCCAGCAGCAACAACAACAACAGCAACAGCAAAUGCUGUUGCAACAACAACAACAACAACAACAACAACAGCGUCAACAACAAUUCCAGCAACAACCACAACAACGUCCACAACCUCAAACUUCUUUCUAUCCAGGACAACAAGUCUACAACAAUCAACAACCUCAUCAAUAUUCAACACAACAACAGGUUGUAUCUCCACAGCAACAAACGUACAGACAAUUCCGACAAGUGAGCGGUCGGGCUUACACCGCUCAGAGUCGCCCUGUGAUCUAUACUAAUCAGCCAGCGGGCACACCAACGGAGUACAACCGAUCUAAUUACUUGGCACUAUCGGCCCCAACACAACAAGGCAAUGUAAUUGCUCAAUAUGCGGCAGCUCCUCAAAUAGCGGCCAGGAACGUGCAGCAACGAUCCGCCGCCGUGGCAGCUCAUGGAAAAAUGCGUGGAGCAGGCUAUACUAGUCAUCGCUUAAGUUUUUCGAAGAGAUCAGUACCAUCCGCUCAUGCGUUACGUUCAGCUGUUGGUUCACCGCAGGUGAUUGCGCCGUUUCCGAUUCGAGAGAAUCGGGGCAUAACGACACCGGGCCCACAUCGACGAUAUCCUACACGAACCGCUCGGACGCAACGAAUCACUACGCCAGCACCGCAGGUAAAACUUCCGGAAGGGAUUUUCGCAAACGGCGAGUUGAUAGUAAAUGCUGAUCCGGAACGACGUCCUGUAUACUUACAACGCUAUAUGAAUGCUCAACAUCACCAGAAUACACUUGCACGGUCUGAAUUAGGCCAUCUACCCACCACAUUCUACUAUCGUGUCCCUGUUCCACCUGGACAAUAUCUAGGAUUCAAGCGUAGCACACAAAUCUACCCGUAA